AUGAAUGACAGGCGUCACGAUAAUGAACGGAGUCCUAACGUUGAUGGUGAAAAUAGGAAUGUGGAAGAUGAGAUGCAAGAUGAGAACGGUGGAGCAAUUCCUAAUUAUGAUGUUCAUAUGCCUAGACAGGGUCAAAAUGCUGAUGAUAUGUUAGAAAGACUUAGACAAAAUAAUUUAGGGGGGCAUUAUAAUCUAGCAAGAAAUGUUGAACAAGUUUUAAACCGUUUGGGAUUUAAUGUUGGUUGCUUGAAUAGGCCAUAUUUUGUGUUUGCUUUUCCUGAGUGUGUCCAACAAGCAGAGCUCCCAAGGGGUUGGAAAAUUCCAAAAUCCCUUACAAAAUUUUAUGGAGAAGAAAAUGAAUCUACAGUAGAGCAUAUUGCUCGAUAUACGGUUGAAAUUGGGGAAGCAGCUUCUAAUGAAUAUCUCAAGAUGAGAUAUUUUCCUUCUUCUUUAACAAAAAAUGCAUUUACAUGGUUCUCUAACUUGAGACCAAAUUCUAUUCAUUCUUGGGCGCAGUUGGAGAGAAAUUUUCAUGAUCAGUUUUUCCGAGGUGAAUUGAAAGUUAGUCUUACGGAUUUAUGCUCUGUCAAACGUGCAGAAGGAGAAUCCAUUGAUACCUAUUUGGCGCGGUUUAGAAACAUGAGGAAUAAAUGUUUUACUCCGAUUCCAGAAUCUGAAGUUGUCAAAAUGGCCACUAAUGGGCUAGAAUUCGGAGUUAGGAAGAAACUUGUUAAUCAACAUACUUUAGAUCUUUCCCAAUUAGCUGAGAGAGUAAGACAAAUAGAACAAAUUAAGAAAGAAAAAGAAAAUUUUAAAAGGGGUUCAAAAAAGGUUGCAUAUGUUGAUUGUUUUUCUGAUAGUAGUGAUUCAGAUGAAAAAGAGAUUUAUAUUGCUGAAUUACGUGGGGGUCCUCCUUAUGUAUGCAAAUCUUUGAAGCCUGUUAAAGGAAAGGAAAAAGUUUCUUCUUAUUCUAAAGUUGAAAAUAAGACUUAUUCUUUUGAUAUUUCUAAGGCAGAUCAAAUAUUUGAAGUUUUAUUAAAAGAUAAGCAGCUUAUUUUACCGGAAGAAAAAAAGAUGCCUACAACUGAUGAAAUAAAAAAUAAGAAAUUUUGUAAGUUUCAUCAAGUAUUUUCUCAUACCACUAACAAUUGCGUCCGUUUCAGGGAUUUGAUACAAAAAGCAAUUGAGGAGGGAAGACUGAAGUUUGACGAUAAAACUACUAUGAAGGUGGACACUGAACCAUUUGCUGCUGACUCAAAUUAUGUUGAGCCAUUCGAUUUGUCAAUCAACAUGGUAGAAGUUGAUGCCACGAUGAACUAA